GUGGAGAAUGAGGUGGGGUCUUAUCUCCCAGCUGUCCUGGACAAUUUCGUCAUUUCAGCAGGCGAUAUUUAGCAUAAAUAGAGGAGAUCGACGCGAACCUAAUCAUCUCGUGAUUAAGAUAACUUUCGAUAGAUAGAAAUCUUUCAAAGACUCUCUCUUUCUCUCAAGAUGCAAAUCUUUGUGAAAACCCUCACUGGAAAGACCAUCACCCUUGAGGUGGAAAGCUCCGACACCAUUGACAAUGUGAAAGCCAAGAUUCAGGACAAGGAAGGAAUCCCACCAGACCAGCAGAGGUUGAUCUUUGCUGGCAAACAGCUUGAGGAUGGACGCACCCUUGCUGACUAUAACAUUCAAAAGGAGUCCACCCUCCACUUGGUACUCCGUCUCAGAGGUGGUAUGCAGAUCUUUGUGAAGACCCUUACUGGCAAGACGAUUACCUUGGAAGUUGAGAGCUCAGAUACAAUUGACAAUGUAAAAGCCAAGAUCCAGGACAAGGAGGGCAUCCCCCCAGACCAGCAGAGGCUGAUCUUUGCAGGCAAACAGCUUGAGGAUGGUCGCACACUUGCUGACUACAACAUUCAGAAGGAGUCCACCCUCCAUUUGGUCCUCCGUCUCAGGGGUGGUAUGCAGAUAUUUGUGAAGACUUUGACUGGGAAAACAAUCACCUUGGAAGUUGAGAGCUCUGACACAAUUGACAAUGUCAAAGCUAAGAUCCAGGACAAGGAAGGCAUCCCCCCAGAUCAGCAGAGGCUUAUCUUUGCUGGGAAGCAGCUUGAGGAUGGGCGCACACUUGCCGACUACAACAUCCAAAAGGAGUCCACCCUCCACUUGGUGCUUCGGCUCCGAGGUGGAAUGCAAAUCUUUGUGAAGACUUUGACUGGAAAGACCAUAACCUUGGAAGUUGAGAGCUCUGACACCAUUGAUAAUGUUAAGGCCAAGAUCCAGGACAAGGAGGGCAUUCCCCCAGAUCAGCAGAGGCUUAUCUUUGCUGGGAAGCAGCUUGAGGAUGGGCGCACACUUGCCGACUACAACAUCCAAAAGGAGUCCACCCUCCACUUGGUGCUUCGACUCCGUGGUGGAAUGCAAAUUUUUGUGAAGACUUUGACUGGAAAGACCAUCACCUUGGAGGUGGAGAGUUCUGACACCAUUGAUAAUGUCAAGGCCAAAAUCCAGGACAAGGAGGGCAUCCCACCUGACCAGCAGAGGCUUAUCUUUGCUGGGAAGCAGCUUGAGGAUGGACGUACCCUUGCAGAUUACAACAUUCAGAAGGAGUCCACUCUGCACCUUGUCCUGCGCCUCCGUGGUGGCCUUUAAGCUUGUGAUAUGUUAUUUAAGCCUUGGGUCUUGGAUUAUGUUUGCAAUUGUUGAUUGUUCUGUGGUUCUGUAUUGUGGUCAUUGGCCAUUAUUAAAUGGCGUCAAAUAAGUUGUUGGAACUCUUUUCAGUUGCUUUUGUAUUUUGGUUUUCAGUCUAGUUACAGUGUUGCAAUGGCCGUCAAAGUCGCUGCAUGACCUCUGUUUCUAUUCUGAUAAAUUUGUGUUUUGCAUUAUAGCAGAA